AUGGCUACAGCUUCAGUUCAUCAACAAAUUUUAGAUGGUAACAUUCACAAAAAAAUUCCAUUAUCAACCUAUGAAUCCAAUUUAGAACCAACUUUACAAAAUUUAGAAUCUUUGUUACCUGCAACAAGUACAGAAAUUCCAAAAUUUAAGCCAGAUUUACAUUUACAAUAUUAUUCAAAUGAAUUAUCAUUAACUAAAUAUAAUAAUACAAGAAGAAUUACAAUGAAAGAAUUAGGUUUAGAAAAUCCAAAAGAACAAAUUUCACCAAUUGGAGUUAGUGAUCCAUUUCCAUUAUUUACUGAAGAAGCUAUAAAUAUAAUGAAAAAAGAAUUAUUAACUAAAGAAGUAUUUAUGGAAAAUGCAAGAUAUAGUUUUAAUUCAACUUCAGGUUUAGAUUGUUGUUUAAGAGGUUAUGUUAAAUCUUUAAAUGGUAAAAUUAAUUGUCCAUUUAUAUAUGAUGCUUGGACUCAUCCAAAAACAAUGGAAUUAAUAUCUAAAAUGGCAGGAGUUGAGUUAGAAAUUAUAAUGAAUUAUGAAAUUGGUCAUGUUAAUAUAUCAAUAAAAUCUGAUGAUGCAGCAAAUGAAGAAUUAAUUAAACAUGAAAGAUUAAUGAUUGAUGAACCAAAAAGAAAAAACAGUGGUGAUGAUAUUCCUGCAGUUGUUGGUUGGCAUUAUGAUUCUUAUCCUUUUGUUUGUGUUUUAAUGUUAAGUGAUACUUCAAAAAUGAUUGGUGGUGAAACUUCAUUAAGAAUGGGGACAUCAUGUGGUGAAAAUCAAGUUGCUAUUAUUCCAUCACCUCAAUUAGGUUCAGCAUCAGUAUUACAAGGUAGAUUAAUUGAACAUAUUGCACCAACUCCAUUAGGUUUAUCAGAAAGAAUGACAAUGGUUACAAGUUUUAGAGCUAAAAAUCCAAAUUUAAAAGAUACUUCAAUUUUAAAAACUGUUAAACCUGAAAUUAAUUUUGGUUCGAGAUAUAAUGAAUUUUAUUUUCAAUGGAUUAAUUAUAGAUGUGAAUUAAUUAAAGAAAAAAUGGAUUUAAUUAAUGGAAAAGUUUUGAAAAGUGAUCAAUUUGAUAAAGAUUUAAUUACAAAUGAAUUAAAAGAUGUUGAAGCUUAUGUUAAAAAGACUUAUGAAGAAAUGAUGAUCAGUAAAGAAGAAAUGGCAAAAAUGUUUCAAAAAUGA